AUAGCUGCAGCUAUUGAUAUAUCCCAGGCACUGUGCUUCAGUGUAGUCGUCAGUCGUGUUCUCCUUUUGUGGUGAAGCUGGCAACAGUGUGUAUCGCUUAUUUCAAAUCAAUGAGCUUGGCUUCCCUUCAGUAUUAGUUUUACAUUGAAUUAAGGUACAACCAGGACUGUUUUUCAUUCAUUAAUAAUUACCAUCUUCUGAAGAAAUUAUGCCUCCGAAUCAGAAUUUGGAAACCCAAAUCAAUGGCAAUGCUGUGAACGGCAAACUGUAUCUCCGUAAUGGAUCCCUUAACAAUAAUCCAGAGGGAAAACUGGCUGUUCUAGACAAAAAUGGGGAAAAAGAUCACUGUAAUUUACAGAAGAGGGUGGGGCUGCUAUCUGGUGUAUGCCUUAUAGUGGGAACUAUGAUAGGAUCAGGAAUCUUCAUAUCUCCGAAGGGUGUGUUAGCAGGAACGGGGUCUGUGGGUCUGAGUCUGAUUGUGUGGGUUGGAUGUGGAAUUAUCAGUCUUUUUGGUGCUCUCUCCUAUGCUGAACUUGGAACGUUAAUAACCAAAUCAGGAGCAGAAUAUGCUUAUCUACACGAGGCAUUUGGACCCUUCCAUAAGACCCUGGGACCCGUUCCAGCUUUCCUCUUUGCCUGGACAUCAGUCCUGAUUCUGAAGCCUGCACUGUUUGGGGUGGUGUCUAUGAGUUUUGCUCUGUACACCACAGAACCAUUCUUUGAGUGCGGGCCACCAGAUGUCCUUGUCAAAAUAGUCGCCAUUGUGUGUCUCUUUUUUGUAUCAGCUGUCAAUUGCUAUAGUGUAAAGCUGGCAACGAAAGUUCAGAAUGUUUUCACAGUGGCCAAGUUGGUUGCUAUAGCUGUCAUCACCAUAGGAGGAUUUGUUUACAUGGGGAAAGGUGAAGUAGAAGAAAUUAACACCGGCUUUGAGGAUACUGUCCAGUCUCCUUCUCUAAUAGCUCUAGCCUUUUAUGAUGGACUAUGGGCUUAUGAUGGCUGGAACAAUUUGAAUUACAUCACUGAAGAAAUAAGAAACCCCACAAGGAACCUGCCCUUGGCCAUUAUGAUUGGGAUUCCUCUGGUUACUUUAUGCUACCUCCUCACUAACCUUUCCUACUACACUGUAAUGACCAGGGCAGAACUGCUCCGCUCCACUGCUGUCGCUGCUACCUGGGGAGAUAGAGUCCUGGGUGGUGCUGCAGUUCUUAUACCUAUAUUUGUGGCCAUGUCCACAUUUGGUGCUGCCAAUGGCUCCUGCUUUACGGGUGGAAGACUGACAUUUGUAGCUGCUAGGGAGGGACAUCUACCAAAGGUCCUGUCCUAUGUCCAUAUAAAGAAAUUCACUCCUUUACCCUCUCUCAUGGUUUCUACUUUCCUGGCAGCUGUUAUGGUGCUGAUGGGAGACAUUUUUGCCCUUAUUGAUUUCUUCAGCUUCACAGCCUGGUUGUUUUAUGGCAGUACAAUGGCAGCAUUACUGGUGUUGAGAUACACCAAGAGGAAUGCAAAAAGACCUUACAAGGUGCCCAUUAUUUUGCCAAUCACAGUACUCUGUGUGUCUGUGUAUCUUGUGAUAGCCCCCAUUGUCAACGAUCCUAGGAUUGAGUUCCUGUAUGCUUUCAUCUUUGUCAUUAGCGGUUUGAUCUUCUAUGUUCCAUUUGUGGUGAUGAAGAAGUCACUUCCUUACACAGAGACUGUGACUAAAUUCAUUCAGCUGAUUUUGUGGUGUGCCCCUAGCCGAUAUGAAUCUGAACUUGUUGGAGACUGAUGAACGCCAUUAAUGCAUUUAGAUACUAUUUAACAAAAUUCUAGCUGUGAUAUUGUGUUAUAUAUAAGACAUUUAUAUUUACUUCAUAUGCAUUAAUCAUGUUAUAAGUUCACAAAGCAGCAUUCAAAGAAAAUAUAUUUAUUUUAAUGUUAAAAAAAUCUUGUUAGUGAAUAUAAUAUUUUUUUUUUCUUAUUUAUUUGUGAACAUGAGGGGUGAAAAAAUAAUUUCCAUUAUUGAAUGUAGCUAAAUAUUUAUUUAUGUUAGACCUUUCAUGUACUGUUAUGAUUCUUAUAGUUAAUAAUAUUGCAAAUAGAAUUCAUGUAGAUGUAUAUAAAACUAGACUGCUAUGGCUUACUUCAAACCAUGAAUGUUGGAAUGACAUAGGUUAUUUUGGUUUUUAUGUAGUUAGUUUUCAUUCUUUGGUAAUUUUUACAUUCCAGGGAAAAAAAAUACCCAGAAACUUAACCUGCAUUUAGGAUUCUUUCAUUCUUCUCAUAUACAUAUAUAAUUUUUGGAUUAUUUGUUUGUUUGUUUGUUUUGAUAUUUUGUCCUCCAUUUUUUCAGUUCUUCAAGGUGUUCAUGUAUUACUAGGUGUGCCAAAUAUUACAGCCUUUUGUAAUUCAGCAUUGCAGAUUGUUCAAAUUCUUGUUACUCCUGAUAGAAGCAUUUUUUAACAAUACUGUGUUGCAGAAUGGUGUAAAUAUUAUAUACUAUGUAUAUAUGUAUAAAUCAAGCCGGCUUUCUGAAAUCAAUAAGCACAGAGUGGUUUUUGUUUGUAUUUUACAUCUGUUUUUUUGCUUGGCUUUGAAAUGUCUGUAUUUUAAAGUAUCAGUGCAUUUAUGUUUCUCUCUUUCUGAACCCACCAAGAAGUAUGUUAAUUCUUAUGUUGUUGAAGUUUCCGUUGAUGUGGUGACUGAAGAUUAAGCAAUAUUUCCCAGUCUCCUGUUUAACAUUGUUUGUGUACUUUCCCAUUUGUCUUAUGAUUACAAUUCCCAAACCAUGAGAUUCUUAAUUACACACCAUUUAUGUGAUAUGUCAUUGGUCAUGUACAGUGUCCUUGAUUAUAUUUACAUAUUGUUUAACAAUGUAUUUAUGUAUAUAUGUAAAAUACCUAUAUAUUGGGAAUUAUCCCACAAGAAACAGCAUUCAGGGUUUUAUAAGUAUUAAUUAUUUAUAUAUCAUUGUAAAGUCUAUGAAAUGACAUUAAAAUUGAACACAGGCCAAUUCCUAAGUAGAAUUUAUUAUAUUUAUGGAAUAUUAUUUUUAUUUAUAAUGUUCAUUCAUAACCAGGGCAGGGUGUCAAAUGUAGUGAAAAUGGACAUAGUUGCUUGCUUUUGUUACAAGGAUCCUGGGACGAGUUGUGACAGUAUUUCAUGGUCAUUAUAAGCAUUAUUUGUUGGUGAGCGUUUUGUGUUCUGAUUGAUUGUUGGCUUAUAUGGUAACAUAUUUAUGCAAAAAAAGUGUAAAUACACGGAUCUCAAUAAAUCAUACUGCAGACCUAUGAA